AGCAGCUGUCACAAUCAAAUAUUUUGAAACAAACAAUAUUGGUCGUGCAGAGGACUGUUGGAAUAAUUCUAUUUUUUUGUCGAAUAUUCACUCGAAACGGAAAUGAAAAAUUCACCAAGAAAGAAAGGCACAGACGUUCAAACCGCACGAGGACGAUUAACUGGAGCUUUGAAGGUAGCGGUUGCACCUCCUUCCGAAGAUGAUGAAGCAGUUGAGUCAUCGCUACCAGCAAGAGGUCGUCCUCCACUACGGUCAAGAAGAUCGGAAGUAACCAAAUCGACUGUUACGAAUCAAACUCUACCGCUUCACCAGAGCUACAUCAUGAAACUGUUCGAUCGAAGUGUAGACCUGGCCAAGUACAAUCAGACGUCGCCUUUGUAUCCGAUAUGCCGCGCCUGGAUGCAAAAUCAACCUCGAUCGAGCAAAGUGAUCAGCAAAUCGAAAAAGAGUUCGUCCGCAAAGAAGCGGGUCGCAAUGCCGAACAUUAUUGACGAUCUGAAAAGCGGAGAUGUGACCGACAUUCAAGCAAUGCCAGCUGGAAAUGAUAGGCCGAAAAUUAAGCGCAUCCCAUCACCGUUGCCAUUUCAAAAGGAGUCAUCUCGGGAUAACAUCAAUCUUGACUAUGAUCUGGACGAUCCGGUGAUCAGUUUAGACGAUUUGAUUGCCGAUUUGAAAUUUAAGGGACGUCAGGUUCGGAGAAAAUGGCAAUCGCACGCUAAAAUUUAUCACGAAGACCGAUAUCCGAUGAGCUGUAAAUUGUUGGACGAGAUCUUUAAGAAGUGAGACCAAUGGAAUCGUAACAUCGUAAGCAUUACUUUUGUCAUCAUUUGUAUGGAAAAUAAAUUUUUAAUCGACAAAAAUGGAUUUGAGUGC